AGUGGCACCCGGUUGUACUCUUAUAUAGAAUGGGUGAGUUUGAGAUUCAGUGAAGACAAUAUUGACUAUUUGUGCUUCAGUCGAUUGAUAAAGUAGUUAUGAAAAUAUAUUACAUUAGAGCUUCACUACAUUGAUAAAGUAGUUGAGGUUAGUAGUAGUAAAAAAAAAUGUAUGAAUUACUCAACAAUAGUCUUGUAUAAGAAUUUUACGUAUACGGAGUUACAGUAAACCAGAAGACGCAGAAUAAGAGAGAAGAUUGUGCGUCUCGUAGCGAUUGGGCGAGCCGACGGUUUGAAGUGAAACGGACACAUCACCGCCCAGGUCAUUUCAUUUUGAUUAUGAUAUACUCCGUAUUAUUGUAGCCUCUGGAAGAUCCAACCAGCCGUUCAUUAACACGUGAUCGGUUCAAUCAAAAUAUCAAAUACAUAGGAACCAAAGUUGGAUAAAGUGGAAGUUGUAUAAACUAAUAACCCAAGGUGAAUGUAUGAUAUUAAAAAAUAAUAAUAAGGGAGAGGUCACGUCGUUGUUAGGUUUUAAUUAAUUGGAAGUUGUUUAGAAGCACCCCGGAGCUGUUAGAUAAAGCUAAUACGGAGUAAUAUUUAUUUCUUAUUCCUCUCCAAUCAGUCUUCACCUCCUCUUCUUCUACAAUUUCCUCUACAUUCUACAAAAUUCUUGCAGUGAGCGAACAGAAAAAAGAUUAUGAAGGACUACGAAUUGAUCAACGGAAAACCUCCGCCGCCAUUUGAAUUCGAUCGGAACAUCGGCGGCGUCAAUAUCUCCACCGUCUCUCCUGAUCACCAUAAAUCCGAUCACCGGAAGACUAACUCAGAAGAGAUUACAGAGCAGCCUUCCGGUGAUGAGCUUAAAGAAGAAGAAGAAGAAGAAAGGGUGAUAAAAGAGCUGAAGAAAAUUCAGAGACAGAAUUUCCUCACCCACUGCCUCGUAUCAGCUAUGAUAGUGCUCACUGUAACAUGGCAGCUAUCGGAGGUGUCUUUAAUCCUCAAACUCAAAGAUGGAUUGAACCAUCCUUUCCGAUCAUUGCGCGGUUUCAUUGCCGGAAUAUUCAAAGGUCGGGUUAAACCACCCAUUCUCAAUGUUAUAGACGACGACGAAAAACCGGCCAACGGAAAACAGAAGCAAGAUGCUUCACCCCUCCCCUUAUCCGGACCUGCAAUCUCUAGAUUUCAUUACUGAAGAAAAAUAAAAUAGCAGCAAAUGAUGACUGUAAGAUUUUGUUUCACCUGCAAUUGUGUGACAACUGUGUUUUCUACCAAAUAUAUAUAUAAAUUUUCAUAGCAA